UAUAAAAUCAAUGCAACAACAUUGUUUCAGCAAAUUUGUCAUCAUAUUUCGCGAUGUUGCUUAAACACUGUCGUAAAUUACGAUGUGACGUUUGUUGAAAGUUUUAUUUGUAUUUUUUAGGAUUGAAAGAAAUAACGCUUCUUCAAAAAUGGAUCACGAAAUGUCCAAUGACUACAACCCAAACUUUAUGAUUCAAGACUUGCAAUUUCGCUUCUAUACCACCCAGGAAAUCAAGGCUUUGAGUGUGAAGGAAAUCACAAACACAGAAACAUUCGACAAUCUUAAUCAUCCAACAGUUGGUGGCUUGUAUGAUUCUUCACUUGGUCCAACGGAAGACAGGGAUGUAUGUAGUACAUGCACUCAGUCUUUUCUACAUUGCCCGGGUCACAUGGGACACAUCGAGCUGGCUCUUCCUGUAUACAAUCCCCUGCUUUUCACGACACUCUACCAGACAUUGAAAGCAACCUGCUUCAACUGCCAUCGCCUGGUUGUUGAUCCGAUACCAAGCGCCCUGUUCCUGUCCCAGUGCCGUCUCCUUGACGCCAGUCUUCUUGCCGAGGCAGCCAUGUUGGGCGAGCGUUACGAAGACGAAGAGAAGAGUGAGGACCGCAAGAACCACAAGGAGGAGAUCCUUGCGCUAACCGAGGAAAUACUGAAAUUUCAUUCACAGCAUAAAAAAGACCUAGGACCUGAUGAGACGGGUAUAAAGAACAUCCUGGCCCUUCGUCAGCAUAUUCACAAGCAGCUGAUUAAAGUACGCUUUAAAAGAUCGGGAAAGUGCGUACACUGUUCAACAAAACUGAAAUCCCUACGGCAGGAGGACCACUCCAAGAUCUACCUGGUGGGCCGUCUCUCAAAAUUGAACAAAUCUGAUGAGACCACAUUCAGUGGCAGCAAUAAUAAAGAUGAUGAUGAAGAUGAGGACGAUGCUGGUGAAAACUCUGAUAGUAAUUAUGGACCAGUCAGGAAGAAACAAAAGACAGGAAGAGCUAAGAGCGUUAUCAAGCUGGCCGGGGGAAAUGUAACCUUGCUGACUGCCCUCAAGGUCAGAUCACACCUGCGCUCGGUUUAUCAAGCGGACAAAGACGUGCUAUGUGAGGCGUAUCCAGUGUUAAAGUCUACAGCCUGCGAGUUCCCUACUGACAUUUUCUUCCUAGAGGCUGUUGCUGUGCCACCAACAAAAUUCCGUCCAAUUUCUGAGAUGCGAGAUCAAAAGUAUGAGCACCCACAGACCAGUAACUUGAUCGCAAUAGUCAGGGAAAACAGCCUUGUGAGUGACAUUCUCUGGGAGACGGAGAAAGUGUCUGCAGACAAGGUGGUCGACCCUGGCAGUUUCUCUCGUGAGUUGAAUGCGGUGCCGGGUAAGACCCUGUUUGAGAAACUCAGCCACGCCCAAACACGUCUGCAGAUGUCGGUGAACCAGUUCAUGGACAGUGAGUCAGACAAGUCUUCCCUCGAGACAAAAGCCAGUGGCAUAAAACAGCUUUUGGAGAAAAAAGAGGGUCUUUUCCGCAAGAACAUGAUGGGCAAAAGAGUGAACUUUGCUGCUCGCUCUGUCAUCUCCCCGGACCCCAACAUCAACACAAACGAGAUCGGCAUACCCAUGGUAUUCGCCAAGGUCCUCACCUACCCCCAGCCCGUCACACCCUGGAAUGUACAUGAGCUUAGACAGGCGGUAAUCAACGGCCCGGACAAAUACCCAGGUGCUACUCACGUUGUCGAGGAGAAUGGUCGAGUGACUCGUCUGCUGCCCCACAAGGCCAUCCAGCGAGAGGCUCUUGCUAACUCUCUACUGACCCCCAGCGAGCAGGAUAUCUCCAAGCCAAUCACUGGCACCAAGAAGGUAUUGCGACACCUGAAGAAUGGAGAUGUAUUGCUGAUCAAUCGCCAGCCAACCCUGCACAGACCCAGUAUUCAGGCACAUAAGGCUCGAGUCCUCACAGGGGAGAAGACUCUGCGACUGCACUACUCCAACUGUAAGGCGUACAAUGCUGACUUUGAUGGUGAUGAGAUGAAUGCACAUUUCCCUCAGAACGAGAUCGCCAGGGCAGAGGCUUAUAACUUAGUUUGCACAGACUUCCAGUACCUGGUGCCAAAGGACGGCACUCCCUUGGCCGGCCUCAUCCAGGACCACAUGGUGUCCGGGGUGGCCCUUACCAUCAGGGGGCGCUUCUUCGACAGGCAAGACUACUGCAGGCUCGUUUAUGGGGCCCUAGUAGAUAAGCCUGGGCGCCUGAAGCUUUUGGCCCCCUCCAUAGUCCGUCCGCGCAGGCUGUGGUCUGGCAAGCAGGUGCUCUCCACUGUCAUCCUGAACAUCAUCCCUCCAGACAGACCGGCACUGUCACUGACCGGGAAGUCAAAAAUACCCGCUAAGAUAUGGGUUAAAACCCCAGUGAACAUGCCGGAGAUCUUCCAGUAUGGUAUGUGUGAGAGUGACGUGGUGAUACGGCAUGGGGAGCUGCUCUGCGGUGUCCUAGAUAAGGGCCACUAUGGGCCCACGCCUUUCGGACUGGUCCACUGCUGUUAUGAGCUGUAUGGUGGGGCUGUGGCAGGUCAGGUUUUGACGUGUUUUGGACGUCUCUUCAUGAAUUUCCUGCAGCUACGAGGCUUUACUUUGGGGGUCAAGGACAUCCUUGUAACCAAACAGGCUGACAAAAAAAGGUCAAAGAUUGUGAAGCACUCUCCAUUGGUUGGAGAGUCAGUAGCGCGUAAAACACUCGGUAUUGAUGAUGAGGCUGACAUCGGGAAGGUUUUCACUGGUCUGAUGAAGGCCCAUCAUGCUCCAGACCAGCAACACAUGCGAGAACUCGACAUGAACAUGCGUGGACACACCAACGAUAUACAGAAUGACAUUGUCAAUACCUGUAUGGGACGGGGCCUGUUAAAGCAGUUCCCAGAUAACAAUCUACAGCUUAUGGUGCAGUCUGGUGCUAAAGGUUCUAUGGUGAACUGCAUGCAGAUCUCAUGCCUGCUGGGUCAGAUCGAGUUGGAGGGUAAACGUCCCCCGCUGAUGUUAAGUGGGCGCACCCUCCCCUCCUUCAUGCCCUACGACAUGACCCCACGGGCAGGGGGGUUUGUCACAGGGAGGUUCCUCACUGGAAUUAGACCACAGGAGUAUUUCUUCCACUGUAUGGCUGGCAGAGAGGGUCUAAUAGACACAGCAGUCAAGACGAGUCGUAGUGGUUACCUGCAGAGAUGUCUUAUCAAGCACUUGGAGGGAAUCAAAGUGAACUAUGACCUUACAGUGCGAGACAGUGACAACAGCAUUAUACAGUUUUACUAUGGUGAGGAUGGCCUUGAUCUUCACAAGACGGGCUUCCUGGGCCCCCAGCAGUUCCCGCUGUUGGUAGAGAACCACAAGAUAGUGGUCUCCACGACUGACAGGCCUGGGGAGGUGGAUGAGGAACAGGAAAGUCGUAUCAACCGGCUGGUUACUCAGAUUCACAAAUGGCGAAAAAAGCAUGGCUACUCUGACCCAGGAAAAAAGAUCCGGACUUCUGGCUUCCUGACGUUCUGUCAGAAUAUAGAGGUGGAUCGACAUGGGUCAGCAAAGACAAUGCCUGGAAGGCUAGAGAGAGACGCGCAGUUGACAAACAUGUGGCGGAAGCUGAACAAGAAGAAACAGCACAAGUACAGCAAGAACCAGGGUCGAUGUCCGGACCCCUUGAUGUCCCAGUUCACUCCCUACCAACCAGGUGUGCUACCCGAGAAAGUGGAUUCUGACAUCAAGAAGUUUGCUCGAGUCCAUUUGCCCAGGAUGCACAUGUCUGAGGAGUCGUUCCUGGAGAUGAUCCACCAGAAGCUGCGCCGGGCUGUGGUGGAGCCUGGAGAGCCUGUGGGGCUGCUGAGUGCUCAGUCCAUCGGGGAACCCUCCACGCAGAUGACUUUGAACACGUUCCACUUCGCGGGGCGCGGUGAGAUGAACGUCACCCUGGGUAUCCCACGGUUACGCGAGGUGCUUAUGGUUGGCAGCAAGCAGAUCAAGACACCCGCGAUGGAUGUGCCUGUGUACCCUGGGAAGGGGCUGAAAGCAAAACAGCUUCAGAAACACCUUACGAGGGUUCAUCUAAACGAGUUGUUACAAGACGUGAAGGUGGUAGAGUGGAUGGCAAUCAAGGACAUGAUGCGCAGCCAGCGGAGACGUAUGUUCCGGGUGACCUUCACCUUUCUCCCUCAUGUCUGCUACAAGGACAAAUACGUGGUGACCCCUGACAGGGUCCUGACCUUUGUGGAGAAGGUCUACUACAAGAAGCUGCUGCAGCUGAUCAGGAAGAGGAUCAACACUCAGGCCAAGCAAAGAUUCCUCAGCACCGGGCAAACCAAGAAACGUGGUGGACACAGUGAAAAGGAGGAUGCGGAUGAAACCAUACCGGAAGAUAACAUGAAAGAUGAUGAUGAUGACGAUGAGGACGUGGAUGCAGAUGAUGGUGAUGACACGACAGCGGGACAGAAACGGAAGAAGGAGGAGGAGCAGGAGUAUGAGGAUUUGGAGGACGAGACUGGAGGGGACAAUGAGGGUUUGCUGGACGAGCAAGCCAUUGAUGAUGAAGAAAUAGAGAUGGAUGAAGAAGCUGGACCCAAUGAUGUGGAGGGCAUUGACGAAGCUCUCAUUGAAGAAUACGAGGCUCAAGACGCUAAAAAUGAGAAUCUUGAUUAUAGAAUAAAUGCUGUGCUUCAAGUUGGCCCAGAGGUGACUGAGUACAAGUUUGACACCAAGAAGAAACUCUGGGCAGAGAUCACACUCAGUUAUCCGCUGGUGGACACUAAGAUCGACCUGCUGGCAGUCAUUGAGAAGCAUGUACAGGAAGUGGUGGUGCACGAGGUGGCGGGAAUAUCCAGAUGCAUGAUGGGAGAGGAGAAAGCAGCAGACGGCUUGGAGAUGCACUUGAAGACAGAGGGAAUCAAUAUGAUGGAAAUGUACAAGUACAGAGAAAUCGUGGAUAUCAACCGGCUCUACUGUAACAGCAUACACCAUGUAGCAGAGACGUACGGAAUCGAGGCAGCCAACAAGGCUAUCAUCAAGGAGAUCUCAGCUGUGUUUGCUGCAUACGGUAUUGAUGUGGAUUAUCACCACCUGUCUCUGAUAGCAGACUACAUGACAUUCGAGGGCGUGUACAAACCCUUCAACCGCCGUGCCCUGGAGAGCAACCCAUCGGCGCUGCAGAAAAUGAGCUUUGAGAGCACCAUGACCUUUGUGUUGUCAGCCACUGUGAAUAACAGCCUAGACACGCUGAAAACACCCUCCUCACAAAUCGUUGUCGGAAAGCAUGUUACUACAGGAACAGGAUGCUUUGAUUUGUUCACGCCACUUGUCAUUUCAUGAAGUUUGUAAAAUUAUUAACAUCCCUUAUACUGGUGUUAGAUUUCCUAGUUUGUGUGCACGUUAACAUGGGCAUAGGCACUUACAUGUUUUGCACAACUGGUUAUCUCAUGAUUGGAUAUCUGCCUGUAUAUGUUUCAAAAGGCUCGUGAUUGGUAUUAACUGCCUGUAUAGGUUUUAAAAGGCCAUCUUUUAUCAGGGUUUUACAUAAAGAUUUGACUACAAUUUGCCCAGAUAGUGUUAGUUUGAACAUUACUAGCCCCCAGUGAAUAAACGUUGCC